AUGUCCGUAUCAGUUGAAGACUCUAUUCUCUACGAGGUCAAGGGAAAGACCGCUAUUAUUACUUUGAACCUACCCAAGGUGUUCAAUGCGUUAGCUUUCGAGCACUACCAAAGACUCGAUGAGUUGGUCCAAAAAGCAGCUAAAGACCCCAACACGGUUGUUACUCUGAUCCAGAGUACUGGAAAGUUUUUCUCAGCUGGUGCUAAUGUUAGCGGUGCUGGUCAAAGACCAACUGGAGACUAUGUUGAAAUGAGACGAAAUUAUAUUGCAGGAUUUGGUGCGCGUAACCUUUCCAUCACCGAGACUUUUUACAACCACCCCAAGGUUUUGGUUGUCGCACUCAAUGGACCAGUUAUCGGACUCAGUGCUGCUUUAGUGGCUUUGGCUGACUUUAUUUAUGCAGUUGAUUCCACUUUCCUACUGACACCAUUUGCCAAUAUUGGUUUGGUGGCCGAAGGUGCUAGUUCUUACACUCUUCUUCAACGUCUUGGCUGGUCCAAGGCUAGUGAAGCUCUUUUAGCAUCAAGACCCAUUGAUGCUAAGACGCUAGCUGAUAGAGGUUUCAUCAAUGAAUUGUUCAAGAAGUCUGAUUUCAAGUCUGUUGAAGAGUUCAAUGCCAAGGUUCUGUCUAUCAUUGAGAACAGUUUCAGCCACUUGGACCACGAUUCUGUCAAGGAUAUUAAGCAACUUCUUCUUUUGUCUAUGAGAUCCAACCUCCAAGUUGCUAAUAGUACUGAAGUCAUUGGCGGUAUUGAGAAGUUCUCACUUGGAAUUCCUCAAAAGCGAUUUGCUGCCUUGGCUGCUAAGAAACUCAAGCAUAAGCUUUAA